CACACCACAACCACUUUCUUAGCUUCCACACCAAGAAGAAGAAGAAGAAGAAACUGCAUAAAAAUGGCAUCGUCAUCAGAUAAGGUGGUGGAAACAGUAAUAGCGGGUAACUACGUAGAAAUGGAAAGCGAAGGAGGGAAAGGAAAAGACAUGAAAAGCAGGGUAUCAAGCCUGUUAUGGCACGGCGGUUCAGUGUACGACGCAUGGUUCAGCUGCGCAUCAAACCAAGUAGCACAAGUGCUUCUAACAUUGCCAUACUCCUUCUCUCAGCUAGGCAUGGCGUCCGGCAUAGCAUUCCAACUUCUGUACGGUUUGCUAGGUAGCUGGACGGCGUACCUGAUAAGCAUACUGUACGUAGAAUACAGAACUCGAAAAGAGAGAGAGAAGGUGAACUUCAGGAACCACGUGAUCCAGUGGUUCGAGGUUCUUGAUGGACUCCUGGGGAAGCACUGGAGGAACGUGGGUUUGGCGUUUAACUGCACGUUUCUUCUGUUUGGAUCUGUUAUCCAACUCAUCGCCUGUGCCAGCAACAUCUAUUACAUCAACGAUAAUCUUGAUAAGAGGACUUGGACUUAUAUCUUCGGCGCUUGCUGUGCCACCACCGUCUUCAUUCCUUCUUUUCAUAACUACCGAAUCUGGUCUUUCUUGGGUCUUCUUAUGACCACUUACACUGCCUGGUAUCUCACCGUUGCUUCUCUCCUUCACGGCCAGGUGGAAGGAGUUAAGCAUUCCGGUCCGACCAAGUUGGUUUUGUAUUUUACGGGGGCCACAAACAUUCUCUACACCUUCGGGGGACAUGCUGUUACUGUAGAGAUAAUGCACGCAAUGUGGAAGCCACAGAAGUUCAAGAGCAUAUACUUAGUGGCAACAAUAUAUGUGCUGACAUUGACGCUUCCAUCGGCGGCAGCAGUGUAUUGGGCGUUCGGGGACAUGCUUCUGAACCACUCAAACGCAUUUGCUCUGCUGCCAAGAUCCCCAUUCAGGGACAUGGCUGUCAUUUUGAUGCUUAUCCACCAGUUCAUAACAUUUGGGUUUGCAUGCACCCCGUUAUACUUUGUGUGGGAGAAAGCAAUUGGAAUGCAUGAAUGCAAGAGCCUGUGCAAGCGUGCACUAGUGAGGCUGCCUGUUGUGAUUCCCAUAUGGUUCUUGGCCAUCAUAUUCCCCUUCUUUGGCCCCAUCAACUCCACCGUUGGAUCUCUCCUUGUUAGCUUCACUGUUUACAUCAUCCCUGCCCUUGCUCACAUCUUCACCUUCAAAUCAUCCUCUGCCCGUCAGAAUGCAGUGGAGCAACCUCCCAAGUUUAUGGGAAGAUGGGUCGGAACCUAUGUGAUCAAUGUGUUUGUGGUAAUCUGGGUGCUAGUAGUAGGCUUUGGAUUUGGAGGGUGGGCUAGCAUGGUCAACUUCAUUCACCAGAUUGACACUUUUGGACUCUUCACUAAGUGUUACCAGUGCCCUCCACCACCGCUGCCACAUCAGCUCAAUGCUACCGCCACCGCCACAGCUGCUGCUCCUUCCCCUCACCACCACUCCCUUCCUCCUCUUCAUCAUCAUGGUGGUCACUGAUGAGUUGAUUGAACUGAUUAAUCCCAAUCAAUGGUGGUGCAAGUGCAAUGCAUGUUAUGUAGUACUCCUUGCUAGCUAGCUAUAGCUACAUUGUUGUUAAUUAAUUAAGGAGAGAUCGAUGUGAUGACUCAGAGUUCAGUCAUGUCCUGCAUUUAUUAUGUAUUGGUCAUGCCAUAAUUAAAACAAACACAUAAUGUAUUCUUCUUUUUCA